UCUUCCCAGCUGUGGGCGCGGUUAGUAGGCCCGGAAGGGGCACUGGAGGAACCUCCUAAACCAACUUUCAAUAAAGCGGCACAGAAGGGAAGCGGUGUAGGGAGGAAAUCAAAGUGAACCGCUCCUGGUUGCGGCAGCGGUCCAGGGCAAGGGCGAGCUGGCCUAGGAGUCGGCUGAGAACGUACAGCCACCGAUGGUUUUUCUCCCAGGAGCGGACCUCACCUGGACACUCACCAAUUCACAAACUGAGGCCCCAGUCCCGGAACUCCGGGCUAGACGGCCCCGCCCCGGAACCUUGUGUUCCCGGAACUAAACGCGGAAGUCCUUUUUGUUACCACCGGUCGCAAUUCUCACGGGUCGCUUCCGGUGAGGAAAGAUGGCGGCGGCCGCUCGGGACUCACGUGUGGGUGCGGGGAAAAGGCUGAAAAAUUCACUGAAGAAGAAAAAGAAGAUGAAAAUGGUAGCCCGGGCAGUGGCUUCGGAGUUGGAAGAAGAGGGCAAAGACGCUGCCGACAGUGGAGGUUCUGUAAGAAGCUGUGGGCCAGAAAAGGAUCACUUUUCUGCUGAUGAUGAAGCAGCGGAAGCUGAUAAUGAAGAUGAAGUUGAACCCAGCGGCAAUGAAAAUGGAAAUGCACCCGGAGCUAGUGUUGGAACUAACGUGGGCUGGGCGGAUGCCAUGGCCAAAAUUCUUAACAAAAAAACUCCUAAAAGCAAACCCGCGAUUCUGGUCAAAAACAGAGAGCUGGAAAGGGAAAAAGAAAAGUUAAAACAAGAGAGACUGGAGAAAAGAAAACAGCUCGAUAAGAAGCGGGAAUGGGAAAUGAUGUGCAGAGUAAAGCCAGAUGUUGUCAAAGACAAAGAAACAGAGAGAAAUCUUCAGAGAAUUGCAACAAGGGGUGUGGUACAGCUAUUCAAUGCUGUUCAGAAGCAUCAAAAGAACGUUGACGAAAAGGUUAAGGAAGCCGGAAGCUCAAUUAGAAAACGUGCUAAAUUGAUAUCGACUGUUUCCAAGAAAGAUUUCAUCAGCGUUCUGAGAGGGAUGGAUGCAGGUACAAGUGAGAAAAGUUCGAGUGGAAAGAACUUGAAAGCCAAACAGACUGAAGGGAAAUCAGAAGAGGGCCCUGGAUGGACAAUCCUACGAGAUGAUUUCAUGAUGGGAGCGUCCAUGAAAGACUGGGACAAAGAAAGUGAUGGCGCGGAUAACAGCAGACUGGGGUCUGGAAGCGACUCCGACACAUAGGCUGUAGAGGAAACGCAUAUACUGUCGUCGUAUUUUUCCUAGAAAAAUACCUCAUGCUCUCUGAGUUGGACAUUUAUAAAGCUAAAAUUUGUAAGAAAUCCAGAAGACUUUUACUAUUACCAACUUGGUGUUUUUCCUUUUCAUGAAAACUUUGUGAAAAUUAGGUUUUCGGACUAUGUAUACUUUUAAGCAUUGUUGCUCAAAACAUUUGUGAAAAGAAGUGUUCCUUAUUGAUCAGCGAGAUGGCACAAUUUGCCAGGACAUU